AUGCUACGAAGUCCAGAGUAUCACGGCCGCGAUGGCGGAAGCAUCUCCCGUGCUGCAGCCUGCCGCUGGUCCCCCGCUAUCCCGAGCCCCGGAUACUGGCAGAAGCUCCGCGGAAAGAAAGACUUCACAGACUCCGUGCGGUUCGGGUGUUUCGUGUCGCUAGCUCUCGCGUCGGCGGUUGUUGUAGCGCUCGCGGCUGUGAUGAUAGUCUCGCCGCAAUCCCCGCAAAAGCUGCUGCUUAACUCCGCGUUUUCCGCGUCCUCCUCGUUGCCGAUUCUUCCGGCGAAGAAUGCGGCGACAGAUGCGGCGACAGAUGGGAGCUCAUAUGAGAUUCGCGCGGAACGAAGCAGCAUGCCGGAGACGAAUAGCGGCGUGGCUGUCGCCAUAGCGGAGGGCGAUCUUCCCGCGCGAAUGCAGACCCUCUGUCUCGCACCCGCGGUGGCGGCAGCGCUGUGGCGCCGCCAGCAGCAGCGGACGGGGGAGGGGUGGACGCAACCCGCGGGUACGCGCCUUGGGCUUCGCGCAGGGGCGGAGGGAGCGGAAGGAGAGGCCAUGCGCAUUUCGAUAGUGUGGGCGCAAAAAGCAGCAGAACGCGGAGCGGAAGGGGGGAAUGCGGAUGUGGCGUUCCGCGCGCUGUUUCAAGGUCCGCCCGCGCGCAGCCGAAUGGAGCUUCCCCGCGGACUGGCGGAGUAUUGGCCGGAUGUGACCGUGUCGGAAGGGCCAAGCGGCGAAGACGGAGAGCGCGAAUCGCGGGAAGGGUUGGAGGAAAUCACAGUGAACGUGCCUCAUUGCUCGGAAGAUGCGACCAACGGGAGCGCGACACCUGGCACGGGAUUCGUGCAUCCGGGCUGGAAGGUGUCGCUGCGAGUGCCACGUCAUCUGAAGACGCUCAGGCACCAGGAUUGGACACCCCCCGAGGCAUGUUCCACCUUCCGCCUCUUCCAGUCAUGCCUGGGAGCUCUACAUCCCUCGCCACGUGUCAGCAAAUUAUUGGAUGGAGAACUGGGGGAGGAGCAGGAGGAUGAGGCCGAAGGAGCAGGAAGCACAGUGUCACUUUUCUCCAGGCUUAAAUCGAGUAGAGCAGUGUACCUUGAGGCCAAUCAGGUGAUGCCGAGUGGCACGUGCGGGGGGUGCCCCGAGGACCCUCUACUCAACUGCACGCUUCGCACGCUGACGUGGCGCUACCUGCGCGUGCCGUCCAACUCGUCUGACGUGGACUUCACUGUAGCAGCUGCCUCUGCUACAGACGCUGCUACAGUCGCGGGCACCUUCCAUCCCCUGCGCGCCCCCCUCCUCCUCCCCCACACCCGCAAGCGCAUCAGCCUGGGCUGCCCUGCCUCUCCCCCUCUUUCCGCCUCCCUUUCUUCUGCUCCCUCUCCUCCUCCACUCUCUACCUCCUCUCGACGAUCCAGCAAGAACAGCGAGCAGCAUAGCGAGGGCGAGGAGGAGAGCGAGCGAGAGGAGCAGCUGGAAAGCGAGGUGCAGAGGGAGGGCGAGGUGCAGAGUGAGGGGGAAGAGGGAACUGGGAGCGGGGAGCAGAAUGAGGGCGAGGUCGGAAGGGAGAGCGAGCAGCAGAGCGCGGGCGGGCAGACGAGUGAGGGCGAAGGGGGUCCAGCAAAGGCAGUGCGGCGAAGAUGGGUGCUGGAGGAGGGAGGAGAUGCAGAGGAUGCAGGGAGUGAGGGGAGUGAGGGGAGUGAGGGGAGUGAGGAGGCAGAAGACUUGCAGGGGGAGGAAAGGGAAGAGGAAACGGGGGCGGAAGAGCAGGCGGGAGGAGAUGAGAGGGCUGGGCAAGAGCUAAAGACCAUAUACUGCUUCGUGCCCAAGGCAGCGUGCACGAGCUGGAAGGUGUGGUUCCGCCAGCAGCACAACCUGCCCAACAUCUCCGACGUCUACCUCGCCCACGACCCCAAGCACUCAGGCCUGCACGUGCUCGCGUCCGGAUACACCGAAUCUGCCGUCAUGGCGCUCCUCACCCGCCCGGACUUCUUCAAAUUCACGUUCGUGCGCCACCCGUUUGCGCGCCUGGCGUCCGCUUACCUCAACAAGCAUGUGAACGGGGGGCCGCCGCAGGGGCGGGCGUUUUGGAACAAGAGGUUCUUCCAUGGCACGCGGCCGUUCCGGUGGUUGGUGGAGCAUCAAGGGGGAUCGGAUUUGCUGCAGUUUGGCGACUUUGUGGGGCUGCUGCGGACCAUGUUCAAGAGGAGACGCCGCACCAUGGACCCCCAUGUUGCCCCUCAGGUGGACGUCUGUCGGUUGAACGACAUUCGGUUUGACUUUGUGGGUCAUUUUGAGAACCUGGCGGAGGAUGUGCCCGUGGUGAUGCAGCGCCUGAAUCGUACUAUCACGUCUGAAGCGUUCUCCAUUGGGAAAUCAGCGCACCCCACUAACGCUCGCGACAAAUUCCUUGAUCUAUUCGACAAGAACGCGUAUGACGAAGCAACUGAGUUCCUCUCCAUAGACAUGAACGUGUCGCUGAACAACAUAUCGUUUUCACCUCCCCCAAGAUUACUUGAGCUCUUUGGGGAACGCGCAAUGUCUGCAGAAGGAUCCGAGGCGGCGGCAGCCGCGCAGGCCGCACCAGAAUCCUCCUCCACUCCCGCUCCCGCUGCUGACGUGGAUCAGCUUGCAGGAUCGUUCAAUGGGAUGACAUUGGACGAGCGGUACGCGCUGGUGCGGAGCGUGGGGGAGGAGUGCAUUCAGGAGGACGAGCUGCGCAACCUGCUGCUCAAGAAGAAAGACCCCGUCGCCUACGACGGCUUCGAGCCUUCCGGUCGCAUGCACAUCGCACAGGGAGUGAUGAAGGCGCUGAACGUGAACAAGCUGACCCAAUCAGGGUGCAUCUUCAAGUUCUGGGUGGCGGACUGGUUCGCGCAGCUCAACAACAAGAUGGGCGGCGAUCUCAAGAAGAUCCAGACUGUUGGUCGGUACAUGAUGGAGGUGUGGCGCGCAGUGGGCAUGGACCUCACGCGAGUGGAGUUCCUGUGGUCGUCCGAGGAGAUCAAUGGGCGCGCAGGGGAGUACUGGCCUCUGGUCAUGGAUAUCGCCAGGAAGAACAAGCUGCCCCGGAUCCUCAGGUGUUCGCAGAUCAUGGGGCGCAGUGAGACGGACGAGCUGUCGGCCGCACAGAUCUUCUAUCCCUGCAUGCAGUGUGCCGACAUCUUCUUCCUCAAGGCGGACAUCUGUCAGCUGGGCAUGGAUCAGCGCAAGGUGAAUGUGCUGGCGAGGGAGUAUUGCGACGACAUCAAGAGGAAGAUGAAGCCCAUCAUCCUCUCCCACCACAUGCUGCCGGGGUUGUUGCAAGGGCAGGAGAAGAUGUCAAAGAGUGACCCCAACUCUGCAAUCUUUAUGGAGGACGAGGAGGCGGAAGUGAAUGUGAAGAUCAAGAAGGCGUUCUGCCCGCCAGGGGAGGUGGAGGGCAACCCGUGCAUUGCCUACGUGCAGUACAUUGUGCUGCCGUGGUUCAAGCAGUUUGAGGUGGAGCGUAAGGAGGAGCACGGAGGCAACGUCAUUUACACCGAUGCUGAUCAGCUCUGUGCAGACUACAAGGAUGGUAAACUCCAUCCAGGUGACCUCAAGCUGGCGCUUUCCAAAGCAAUCAACAAGAUUCUCCAGGUGAGUCCAUGA